CUCCCACUGUGGAAAAGGGAAAGCAAAGAGCUCAGGCGGCAGAAAUGGAGAGCAAAAGGACCGGGAGGGACAGCAGAAAUGUGGAAGAGGCAUGGCGCGGCAGCGAGACCAAAUAGGGGGAUCUCAGUCCACCGAGAGGAGUUCUCUUCGGAACCGAGUCCGGGUUGAGGAGUCGAGCUAACGCUCGCUGUCGGGAGGGUUUUUCAUUUCGCUCUGCUUUCGGUAAUCAGUGCGCACUCAACGCUCGUGUUGGUCCCUGUCUGCAGAAGUCUGAGGCGAACAACCCGGUCUGACAGAAGAAAAGGCGGCUCAGCAUGAGUCGAGAUGGGUGGGCAAAGAAGAGAGCCAGUGCCAGUGGGGACAACGGUUGGGCUGAACUGGGAGGCUACAUGGCUGCCAAAGUGUCGAAGCUGGACGAGCAGUUUAAACUUGACGCCCCCAGAGAGAAACGGAAGGAUAGUUCAUACUCCAACAUUUUUAGUGGAGUUUCCAUCUAUGUCAAUGGAUACACAGAGCCAAGUGCAGACGAGCUGCGCAGACUGAUGAUGCUGCACGGUGGCCACUUCCACGUGUACUACUCUCGCUCCAAGACCACCCACAUCAUCGCCAAUAACUUGCCCAACAACAAAAUUCAGGAGCUCAAAGGGGAAAAGAUCAUCCGGCCACAGUGGAUCCCUGACAGUAUCACGGCUGGGCAUCUCCUGCCUCACCAACAGUACCAGCUGUACACGAAACAGAAAGGCCCGCUCUUCCCUGGCACGACUCUGCGCCAGACGUCAGAGAUUGCCGGACCCAGCCAUGUUCUGCUUCAGCCGAGCGUCCAUCAAAAGCUUCAUCUGCCACAGCGAAGCCUUCAGCACUCUGGACUCGAGCACGAGGAGUCCUCGUCCGGCUGCCAGAAUACCUCCAUCCCUAACGCCAGUCCACUUUACCAAGGCAACGUCCAACCUCAGCCCAUCCAGCAAAGCUCUGCCGUUCGCUUCAUUAACCCCCAGCCCAGUCCCUUACCAUCAACUUUCCUCGAUGCAGAUCCCAGACACAGAAGCCUGCUGCCUAACCCAAGCCCCACAAAGCCCCCACAGUCUACUCUUCAAACGCCUCAUACUAACCUCCAGCACCAGAGAGCUAGCCAACCACAACCUCAGAACAACUCUUCUUGCAACACUGGCCGGAGUGGCUACAAGGAAGUGGAUUUAAAAAGAAACGGAUUACUUCAGACCUCAUUGGAAUUGAUCAGCCAUUCAAAAAUGAAUGAAAUGCAAGAGUGUGGCAAAGGUGAUCCUUUCCCGCAGGUGGUGAAGGAAGCGCAUCUGACAAAUGGACACACUCACCUUGUUAAUGGUGCCUUAAAGCCAGAGGACCGGUCCCCUGUUACUGAAGAACCUUCUGUUGACAGGGACCUGCCUCAAUGCAGACUCAAGAGUCCAGAUGACAAACCUCAAAGUCCUCCAGUACAGUUUCCGACCAAACCUGACCCGUAUGAGUUUCCUCACAGUCCUCCGAAGCAAUCAGACACGUCUCCUGUCUCGCUGAAGCAAUCCAAUUCACAUGGAGCCCACGAGCAGAGAGCCAAACCUCCACCGCCUGCCUACCACGAGGCCACCGGUGCAGAAAGCCACCCGCUCCCAAAACCGCUGCAUCAACCCCAUCCAGACAGUCCGCAUCCCGACAUGACUCCCCUUUCACACACUCCCAUUCGACUGAACGGAAGUCACCACAAUGCCUUUUCAUCGGACCCUGCCUCUUUAAACACAACCGACGUAACGGCCAAACCCGAUCCUCCCGCCGAAAAAGCCCCGUCGCCGCCGUCGAAGUCUUCGGCACAGCUGCUGUCUCGGACAGGCGGUUUGAUCUCCGAGUUCUACUCCCACUCGCGUUUGCAUCAGAUCUCCACGUGGAGGUCCGGCUUCUCCGAGUAUGUCAAUGAACUGCACGGCAAGCGGAAAGCAGUGGCGGGCGACUCUUUUCCCGGGAAAGACCGACUGAGGAAAUAUGUGUCCCAUCAGUCUACAGGCAGUCGAGGCGCGUCGGCACCUGCGUGCCUCAAGUCUUGUAUCCUCCAUGUGGACAUGGACUGUUUCUUUGUGUCCGUGGGGAUCCGACAUAGACCGGAGCUUAAAGGGAAGCCUGUGGCUGUGACCAGCAGCCGUGGACAGGGCAGAGUGCCCCUGAGGCCUGGGGCCCAACCUCAGCUGGAGCAGCAGUACUACCAGAGGAAACACAAUCAUCCUAAACCUGUUGAGGAUCCACACAGAACUCCUUCACAAGAGAGUCCUGACUCCCCAGCUAACGGAGUGGACCAGGAUGUCGCUACUCUCUCAAUGGCAGAGAUUGCAUCCUGCAGUUAUGAAGCCAGGCAGGCGGGUGUGAGGAACGGGAUGUUUUUUGGCAAAGCUAAACAGCUGUGUCCCUCUCUGCAGUCUGUCCCAUAUGAUUUUGAGGCCUAUAAAGAGGUGGCCCUCACCAUGUAUGAGACUCUGGCAGGGUACACCCAUGAUAUCGAAGCUCUGAGCUGUGAUGAAGUGUUGAUAGACGGUUCCACUCUGCUCGCUGAGUUGAGCAUCAACCCGGAAGACCUGGCCAGUGCGAUCAGAGCGGACAUCAAGGAGAAAACGGGAUGCUGUGCUUCAGUGGGCAUGGGGUCCAACAUCCUGUUGGCUCGGCUCGCCACCCGUAAGGCCAAGCCAGAUGGGCAAUACCUCCUAAAGUCUGAAGAAGUGGAUGAUUUCAUCAGGGACCUGCCAGUGACCAGCUUACCAGGUGUUGGGCCUGUUAUGGGCAGAAAACUCGCUGCUACGGGUGUGAGGUCCUGCGGGGACCUCCAACAGGUGUCUCUGUCUCAGCUGCAGAAGAAGUUUGGACCCCGGACCGGACAAACCCUGUUCCGCUUCUGCAGAGGCCUGGAUGACCGGCCUGUCCGCUACGAGAAGGAAAGGAAGUCCGUCUCAGCCGAGAUGAAUUACAACAUUCGCUUCACUGGGAUUGACGAGGCAGAGUCUUUCCUGACUAACUUGUCCAUGGAGGUGCAAAAGCGUUUACAAGAAGCGGGGCUGCGGGGUCGCAGGGUUACCCUCAAGGUCAUGGUUCGUAAGGUUGGAGCGCCACUGGAGUCGGCUAAAUACGGUGGUCAUGGCAUAUGUGAUAACCUAGCCAGGACUGUGAUGCUCGCUCAGUCCACUGACAGUGGUCAGCUGAUUGCCGCUGCAGUCAUCAAGCUGUUCCAUGCCAUGAAGUUGCAGGUUCAGGACACGAGAGGAGUCGGCAUCCAGGUUCAGCUUCUCGACGGACACCCCUCUGUCCCUCAGAACUCCGCGGGCCCCGGGACACGCUCCAUCAAAGAGCUGUUGCAAGGCCGGGGGUUAAGUGUGCGAUCCAGCAACAGAGGUUUGUGUGAAUCUUUCGUGUCUCAGUUUCUAUCGUUGUUUUUCAAGAUCAAUGUCACAGAUGCUGCUGACAAUAAUGUGAAUGUUUCCUCAACCACAGGCCCGUCAUCGGUCUCCUCGUCACGCCGUCUGUCCUCUCCCGAGCCGGUCCCAGGAACGAGCGGAGACCAGCAGGCGUGCAACCAAACUCCCAAACAUUCUCGAGCGCGUCUCAACUUCAGCAUUGAGAUCCCCUCCCCCUCACAGGUGGAUCGUUCUGUGUUGGAGGCGUUGCCUGUGGAGCUGAGAGAACAAGUGGAGCGGUCGUGGAGUGAUCGUGGUCGUGAUGGGAGACCAAGUAACCAUCAGUCACCCAGUCCACAGCCCUCUGCUCCUCUUGCACAGCCCUCCUCUCUGAGGGCUCGUCCCACCUCCCCUCCUCGGCCUCCCACCCUGUACGCUCCACCUGUUGGCACGUUGCUUCUACAGAUCCCAAACCAGCCAGACAGUCUGGGAAUUGUACUGGAGCUACCAAACUUCUCGCAGGUUGAUCCAGACGUAUUCGCCGCCCUUCCCAAAGAGCUCCAGGCCGAGCUGAAGUCGGCCUACAACCGCGUAACAAAUGUCCAGCCUCAGGAAAAAAUAUCAGUGGAUCAGAAGAAUCCACUGUUGCAGCUCAAGCAGUCAGGACUCGGAGUCGUCAAUGGUCGAGUGAAGCGGCGCUACAAGAGAAAAAAUGCGGCGAGCCCCGUUAAAAAAGGUCCUUCCCCUCUGAAGAGGCGCCACGCGGCGAACAGCCCAGGCAAAACGCUACCGCCCUCUAUAAAACCACGGGAAGCAGUGAACAUAUUACGGGCUGAAAAUGGUCCCUCGACAUCAAUCUCAAAACCAGACAUCCCAGAGCCUCGGGCCAAAUUCAUCCCUCGCCCUGCUCCAGUGUUGGCCGGAGCCUAUGACUUGACGGACAUUAGAACACUUCUACGGGAAUGGGUCACCACCAUAACAGACCCAAUGGAGGAGGACAUCCUGCAGGUGGUUAAAUACUGCACUGAUCUCAUUGAGGAUAAAGAUCUGGAGAAGUUGGAUUUAAUUAUAAAAUAUAUGAAAAGGCUCAUGCAGCAGUCGGUGGAGUCUGUUUGGAGUAUGGCUUUUGACUUCAUCCUGGACAAUGUGCAGGUGGUCGUGCAGCAGGCUUAUGGUAGCACCCUGAAGGUAGCAUGAAGGAGGCGGGUGUCUCCUUUACUGCGCGAUCCCACUACACCCCCAACUCUGUUUUUUUUUGCGUCUUUCACAAGGUCGCAAUACGAAGGACGACGUCUACAACAUCAGGUUCUCAGUGGCCUCCUGAGAAUGAGACGCACAUUGCUGGGGGGUUUUUUUCUUCUUUUUUCCACACACGAUAUGAGAAAGUGUUACAUGAGCCAUGACAAUAUUUUGAGUGUGGACCGUUCAUCAUUUCCUGUAUUUUUCUUUUUUAAGGGACAAGUAACAAACUGAAAGGCAGAAAAUGGACUUAGAAUCUACUUCACCAAAACUCAGAACAGUGAUAAUCGUAGCAGCUUUUUGCAAAUUCUUUCAUUUGGAGUUCUUUUCUAAAUAAAUGUGACAUUUUAUAUAAGGAUUUUUGCAGGCAGUGGCUGAACUAUUUCUUAAACAAGACAUGCCUUUUUACAGGAUUUUAAAUUUCUGUCCUGCGUUUUCCAUCUGAAAUAUCAGAUGACUCCUGCUUUUCCUGAAGUUUAAAAUAUUGUUACACAGCCACAUUUUGAGGGUUUAUUUUCCAUGUAUGCAGUGGAAUCAGUCUAGGAUUCAAAUAAUGACUGUGAUAAACACAAUCAUCAUGUUUAAACGUAAAGCACUUUUUUAGAAGAAGAUUUUUUUGUAUUAGUUAGUGUUGUAGCACUAAGACAUCAGACUUUAUCUUGCCAGAAAUAUUAGGAAUAAAAUACAUUGUUUUUGAUUUCUUUGGAGCUCCAUGCCACUCGCACUGAUCUGUGAACUAUCUAACCAUCUAAAAUAUGGUCUGCUGCAUACAGUAGUAUCUUUUUUCCUUGUCUCUUGCAGAAAAAGUGCCAAACCUUGUUUAUAUAGUAUGUAAAUAAUGUUUUUAAAGACACUUGUUAAAAGUUUUAAAAGAAAAGAUGUAAGUGGAGGGUGUACCUCUUUGUAUUGUUUACAUGUAGUGAAUUCUUAGUAACUGUCUUUAAAUUGUAAAAUCUUCUCACUCUUUUAAUUGUUUGUGUUCCAACACGGAAAUCUGAAGCUGGCCAAAGCUCUUCAUGUGAGGUUAACUGUUGAUUCUCAGUAGCACUCUUGACUUGGGAGGAUGUAGACGGGGUUAUGCCAAUCAAUGAGUAGCCUAUGCAGUUAUUUUUUAGCAUUAGCAAGUGAGAUGCCCCUUCAAGAUAAUGUAACAUUUCAUACAGCCUUUGUAUCUGAAGUAAAUCUUUUCUAGUGUGUUUCCACUUCUAGUUACCUGUUUUACAAAUCUGAAUAUUGAAAUAAUUCUGGAUUUGCAGAGGAAUAGGUGACCUUAUUUUAUAACUCAACGGAUGUACUUAUGUACUUCAUACAUUGGAGACAUGUGUGUCUUGUGGCUAAAUCAUUGUAUUUCUGUGACGUUAACUCUCAUGAGUGGUGAUAAGUAGUACUCAGAAGAUGUGGCUGGCUGGCUUGUGAUCUCACCAUCCAAGACUGUGUGUGUGUGUGUGUGUGUGGUGGAAAAGUUUGCUUUUAAAGCAGUGUCCCCAAUAUGCAAACCAAAUCAAUCAUUUUGGUCAUCAGUCAUUGUUUUUAACUUGUUGAAAUGAAUGUAAUUCAGAAUGUGCAAGUCUCCACUCACUUCCAAGAUGUUUGCUUCUCCUCACCUGUCAUAUCUCUCCAGAAGUUACAGUUGGCCAGUCUUGUCUUCUAUAAACUGGCUUGUGCCUGAAGACCUAAAGCUGUGAACUUGUUUGUAAGUUUUCUAAAUCUUGGUAAUAAACUGUAAACUAUG